GGCAGACCAAUGUUCUCAUACCUAUGCAACGACACAAGUUAUUUCAAUAUUAGCCUGUCGCAAGAAUAUUCAUUAUGUGAACUAUGUUUGGGUGGAAAUUCGAUUUAGCCUCGCGCGCAGCCUUGUGAAUGCCGAGACGGAUAAAAUAAAUCUAUCGACUACUUCAAUCCCAAACAAUACAACCAAUUCCGCACGUAUCGACAUGAUAUGUUCCAAAUAAUCUGAUCUAUUGAGCUGCGAAAGAAAAUUAAGAUUCCAAAUAUCUCAGAAGUUAAUCAAUUACUGCAUGCGUCAGGAAUAAGAAAUAGCUGGUGCGACCGGGCUGUCGUUAUGGAGGUCAUCGGGAGGAGCGCGAUAUGCAAUGGGCUGAGAGGCACUCGAUUUCGUUGUUUGAACGAAGUCAAUCGUAGUUUCAACCUAAUUCAGCGCUCAAUAAACACAACGACGGGCCGAGCAGUGAACCAGAAAGCCCAGAUCUCGAGAAAACCUUCCAGGCCUCAACAGCAAUACAAGUAGAGCUUUCAUAUUCAGAUACUAUGGAUUCCAACUAACUCGCCGCAGGACUCCAAAUGCGAGACAACCUCUAAACUCAAUUGCAUCUUCAUCCGCUCCACCCCCUCCACCACCGAAACAGAAUCCACUUCGAGGCAGGAAAUUCGCAUUGAUAGGAAGUAGUUUGGCGGCCCUUAUAUUUGCCGGCUAUUCUUCCUACUUAUUUGUGUUACUCAAUAGGGUACCGGCUGAAUCUUCUGCAUCCAAGGUCCAAACUGAUGUCUCAAGUCGUUAUGAUACCAUUGCGUCUACAUUUGACUCGGAAGUCGAUUGGACAGAAUGGAGUAUGGGAAUCACAAAAAUGCGCAAGGAACUUGCGCAAGAAGCAUAUGGAGAUGUACUUGAAGUAUCUAUUGGUACAGGCCGGAAUUUAGAGUAUUAUGAUUGGAAUUUCAAAGGAUUUAAUGGUGUGGGAAAACUUCAAAAAGUGGGUGGCAUUAAGAAGGGGAAAGUCAAGAGUUUUACGGCUGUCGAUAAAAGUGGUGAGAUGUUGGAAGUCGCCCACGAGAAGUUUUCGUCAAUGUUUCCAGGAGUCUUGGGUGUGAGAUGGAUUAUUCAAGAUGCUGCCGAGAAAAUACCUGGCCCCCCUCGAAAUGCAAAUGAAACAAGCGGAAACAAGGAUACGAAAUAUGACACCGUAAUCCAAACUAUGGGGUUAUGUUCCGUUGCCGAUCCGGUAGGGCUGUUGAAGAAUCUGGGGGAGUGUGUGAAAGAAGAUGAGGGGCGCAUAUUAUUACUGGAGCAUGGAAGAGCAAAAUGGGAUUGGUUGAAUAGAGCGUUGGAUAAUAGCGCAGAAGGGCAUGCAAAACUUUUUGGGUGUUGGUGGAAUAGAGAUAUGGGAAAGAUUGUCGAGGAAAGUGGACUUGAAGUUGUGAAUAUUAAAAGACGCCACGGAGGAACGACCUGGAGGAUUGAGUUAAAGAAGCCAAAAACCAAAGCGGAAGAGAGUGGCGUGAAAGCUACGAUAGAAGAGAAGAUACAGGAUGCAUCGAAAACGAGUUGGUGGUAAACACCGUCAAAUCAACGGCCUAUCAAAUAUAUGCAUCGGCUACCGCACAGACAGAAGGCGAUAGAUACCACGAAAAUCAUCCGACACUUCGGAGGUUUUUUUACCCAUGCUGCGUGCAGUAUCUAUUAUCUCUCAUGGUUCAUUGGUCGUCUAAUCGUCUUUUUCUCAAUCCUGGGAACCACGCUCAAUCAAAAUUCUCGAACCAAAUGAAAAUCGAAUCAAGUCAAAUUUAUAAAUGAAACAACAAGUACCACCUAAAUUUGCACUCAACUCGGACCCUUUCUACUUUUCUCAUCCACGUAGUGAGUAAAGAUCAGCAAAAUAUCCAAUUGACGUCCAUACGCCAUAGACAGAUAUCAUGCAGUAUCCCUUGUCCGGUGAUCCCGCCGAUGACGUCCAUGUGCUUGGAAAGUUACGGAUUAUAACUACAAUUACAUGAACUUACAUGAACCACACGAGUCUGGAUAUUUUCCCCGCGUCAAAAGGCUGUUCAUCCAUGCAUUCCACCUCUACCACUCAUUUACAUUCGUUAUCUUCACCCUCGUACCAUUCAUUACAACAUCACAUAUUCUCAUAUCCAGCUAUCACGUGCCAGGGGUCUGGGGUCUAG